AUGGACUCUAAGUUGUAUCUGGCUGAGAAUGUGCUCAAUGAGAGGCAACCUGUCACAUACCGCUUAUUGAGCCGGGCGCUCAAAGUCCACGCCAAUCAGGCCAAACACAUCCUCUUUGAAUUCCACCGCAACGAGAACGCGAAGAAGCCACAGACCGUCCACGCAACAUACGUCAUUUCCGGUAUCCAGAAAGCGCCCGAGCCUGCCCCUACGAACGGCCAUGCGAACGACGAAGAUGAGAUGAUGCAGAGUAGCCCCUACUUGCCUAGCUCGAUGCCGAAUCAAGAUGCAGACUCGCACUCAAUUCGCACCACCUCCAUCAUGUUGGCACGCGAGGAAGACCUGGAAGAUGCAAAAUCAACAUUCCACUCGAUAUCUACAAUACAUGUCUACAGUCUUGAGCCUACAGCUCUGCCGGAUUUGAAUGCAUUAGUUGAUGUCAAUCGGGAGAUUGCGAGAACACACGGCCAGGAGGAUCCAUUGGAGUGUGGGAAGCAAUGGGGUAUGAUCCAAAAUCGGAACGUCAAGCGGAGGACUGGCGCGCGCCCACCGCCGCCUGCAGCUCCAGCUGUGAAGGCACCAGCUGCCAAGGCAUCGAAGCCCUCGCCCAAGUCGACGGUGCCCGCUAAACGGCCACUGCAAAAAGAAGCAUCCGCAGCGAAGCCGGAAGCUACUAAAUCCGAUGAUAGCCAUGAACUUAAGUCUGCGCCAUCCUCUGCUGCCAACUCCCAGACAUCCUCGAAGCCUUCGAGUAAAGCAGCCCCAGCCAAGCAAAAAGGCAAUGGCAAUCUCUUCAGCUCUUUCGCCAAGGCAAAGCCAAAGACAAAGGAAUCAGCUCCCGCAGAAUCGGCCGCUCCGAACGCAGAAGAUGUCGUGCUUGAUGAUGCGUCUGAAGAAGAGGCAGAAGAACUGUUCCCCGAUAGCACCGAUAAGGUAGCCGCGGCAAAUCGCGAAAGUAGGAAAGCGCGCGAGGAAAAGCUCAAGAAGAUGAUGGAUGAUGAUGAUGGUGAUGAGGAGGCUGACGACGAAGAAAUGCCCGAUGCCGAUGAGGAGCCACGGGAGCCCACGCCUGUUGAGCAACCGCCACCAUCCAAACCAGUUGAGCUGAAAGAAGAGGUGACUGUGCAGGGUGGGCGGCGGCGAGGCAAGCGGCAAGUCAUGAAGAAGAAGACGGUCAAGGACGAAGAAGGAUACUUAGUUACUCGGGAAGAGGCGACAUGGGAGUCUUUCUCUGAGGAUGAGCCAGUACCUAAGAAGAAGCCCGUGGUCAAUGUACCCAAGGCGAAGGCUGGUAAAGCUGCAGGGCAAGGUAACAUCAUGUCUUUCUUUGGGAAGAAGUGA